CUCUCAAGAAUGGAACUGGCUCAGAAAAAUCACACAUGUGCAAACCACGGGCAGCUCAUCCCUCAUCCAGACCCUGAAAGAUGGCUGUGCCUACAGAUGCCAGUGGAACUCAGGCUUCGCAUCCAUGCUAGGCUGCCCAUCACCAAUUCACUGGCUCCUGCUCAGGGGACAAUGGCAUCCGUGCCUUCCGCUGGUUGUCUUUUGGCCAGAAAUCAGUAUUAUCGAAAGGCCAGUGUUUCUUCAGGCACCUCUUUAACUGGUCCUGAUUCUGUCAACUUUGCAGGUGAUGACAAAGCCCAGCUAGGAUUACCCGAAGUGGCAGAAUCCACCUGGUGGUUUAAAUCCUUUUUUCAAUCUGUACCUGUGCUUUCAAAUGUAAAAAGAGAAGACCAGUCUGCUUGUGGCCACCCUCUGAGGCCCUGCAGGUGUGACCCCCGGACCCUUUGGCACCUGAGCUACUCCUGGUGAUCUUCUCCUUUAUAAGAUGAUGAAAACCUUUUGGAUCUCUCACUUAUAAGACAAGACCACCGCAGACACACAGACGGCAAAAGUUUAGGUAUUUUCUUCAAUGUUGAGAAUAUUCCUGCCACCGGUGUCAGCUACAUGGAGAACAGUGGAAAAGCCUUUGAAAACAUGUGACCUUCAAAUAUAGAGAUUCAUGUGAAAUAGCCGUUUCAUUACCCUUGUAAUUUUUAAAAUUUUUUAAAAAUCAAAAAUUGUGUGUUAAUUUUCAAAAAAGUUGUUAAACUCUCAUUACAUCUGUUAACUGUUUUAUUAUGUUGAAAACUGAAGCAUUCAUGCCUAACACAAUUGUUUUAAGAGCCCUGGAUUCAGAAGUGUAAAAAAAGAGUUGCAGAAAUUGUAUUUUUAAUCAUGAACAUUGGAAGUAGAAAACAAACCCAUAAAUACAUUAUCUGUUAAAUACAUUACUGUACAUAAUUGGUUAUGUAGACUUUAAAAUUCAUGACUGUAAAUUAUUUUCAACAACAUGGAAAUACAUAAUGAUACCAAGUUAGAUGAAAAAAAGGAGGAUAAUCUGUAUAUGGCGUGAACUUUGUUGUAUUUAAAAGGUAUAUAUGCUUAAGAGUAGAUUGGAAGGAAAUAUAUCAAAAUGGUAACAAUGGUUAUUUUCAGAGAUGGGAGUUUGGGUGGUUUUCAUUUUCUUCUUUGUAUUUUUCUGUACCUUUUCAAAUUGACUAAUAUGAGCAUGUUUUUGUGUAUAAUUUGGAAUACGUAGAGGAGGGCUGGAAUGCACUUUCUGAAUGUGAAUAUUCCUGACAUCAGAUAGAAUAUUUCCUACUUUCCUUCCUGUUUGGUAGAUAAUGCUAAAGGAGUUCCAGUUGAAGAUUUUCUGAUACUGCUUGCAGAUAUCUUUCAAAGUAAGAUGCCAGUCCUAGCAGUUAGGGAUGCUAUGGUUCACUCAGAGGUAGACAUCAGUACACGCUGGUGUGGCUGAUGAUGCACUAAACACCCGAAGGGAGCACUGUCUUUCUGCCCAACCACAGGACCAGGCAGCCAUGGCAGGGUGGCUUCCCCAGUGAUGGACACCUCACCAGCCUUCACCGGUCCCUCCAGAUGGGAUGUGUCCUCCUUCUAAGUCACAUUCCUCCAUCACUUUGCUGUCAGUGAAGGGAUUCAAACAUCCCUGUGGCCCAAUAGUACUUCAUUGCUGACACAUUACUGCUCUUCUAAUGGUUACUUGCCUUUACACUUUUUAUGCAUUUGUGGAGGCUCAUUAAACCUUUGAGUUCUACAUUUCAUUUGCCUUUACUCUAAAAUCAAAUUAGCAUGAUUGAAGACUGAAUUUCUCCAAAGUGAGAGAAAAAUACAGUGAAACAAAAUGGUAAAUUGUGGGGGGGUUUAUUUUUAAUUUGAGAUUAUUAGCAAAUUCCUUUUUUUGUAAUCACUUGGGAUAUGUGUGAACAGAUGGCUUGUUUAGUUUAUUGGAUAAAUUUCCCCAAAUAAGCUAUCAAGUCGGUAUUUACUUUGUCUACUUAGAAAGAUACUGUUUGUUAAGUUACACUUUUGCCUUUGUGUUUGCAGUAUUUUUAAUGUGUUUAAUGCUACUGUUACUGAAAGUUAUUAUUGUUUAAGAUAGUUAAAUUUUACAUAAGGUUUUAAGUCCAACAUAGUAUCAGGAACAUAUGUAGUUAUUAAGCACUUUAGAGUACUAUAUAUAUACACACACACACACACACACACACACACACACACACACACACACACACAUACACACACUACAUCUAUCUGUGCAGAUUCGUAAUUGCCAGAUAGAUAGAUGUAUAGCUAUAGAUCCUCUGAAAAAUAUUAGGAAUCUUUUCAAAAAAUAAUGUUAAAGUGAACUCAUAUAAUGAUUGGCUUCCCUGGUGGCUCAGUCAGUAAGGAAUCUGCCUGCAAUGCAGGACACCCAAGUUCGAUCCCUGGGUCAGCAGGAUCCCUUUGAGAAGGAAAUGGCAACCCACUCCAGUAUUCUUGCCUGAAGAAUCCCAUGGACAGAGGAGCCUGGUGGCUGAAGUCCAUGGGGUUGCAAAGAAUCGGACACAACUUUGCGACUAUACCACAUAUAAUGAUUAAAAACUGAAAGGCUCUCUUUGUGCUAUUUCAGAGUUUCUACAGACUUAUGAUGAUAGAAAUAGUGACAACAAAAUGUCUCCUAGGUAAAUUCUAGAUUCUAAUGCAAUUGUCCCACCAUUCAGACACUUUGGGGCUGUCUUUAAAAAGUACCUCAGAUGUAGGUCUCAGCAUAACUGUUGUUUUAGUUAAAACAUCUCCUGGCUUUGCUGCCUACUGAGGAGAUAAUAAAUAGUAAAGGUAAUUAUGUCAGAGGGGUGUCCAUGUGAUCUGAAACAUGCUAUGAUCAUUCUAGUGUGAUUUAUGAAAUGUUAUUUGACUGGACCUGGAUGUUGGUAUCAAAUGAAAUAAAGCUUUGAUAAUUUGGGCUCAUUUUCUGUGAAAUUUUAUGUUGAGAUUCCACUAACCUUUUUGAGAAGCGGUUUUGAUGGCAGGUUGGACAUUAUUGGCCCCAUAUUCAUUACAGAUAAAGCCGCCAACAGCCAGUCCAACUGUCUCUGAAGUCCUCCUGCUGGAGUUUAGGCCUAUUUGAUGCUUCAUACAUUUUGUAGAAGUUAGGGUUGUUAGGCCAAUACUUUGGCCAUCUGAUGCAAACAGCUGACUCAUUGGGAAAGACCCUGAUGCUGGGAAAGACUGCAGGCAAAUGGAGAAGUGGGCAGCAGAAGAUGAGAUGGUUGGAAGGCAUCACCGAUUCAACGGACAUGAACUUGGGCAAACUCCGGGAAUAGUGAAGGACAGAGAGGCCUGGCAUACUGCAGUCCAUGGGAUCACAAAGAGUUGGGCAUGACUUAGUGACUGAACAGUAACAACAAGCACUGUGAGAAACAAAAUUGCAGAAUUCCAUUGGGUUACUAGAGAGUGAGGAUAUAAAUAGUUGUCCAGGUUGAACAUCGUAGAGCUCAACUUCUAACUCAUAGACAUUCAAGAAAUGGAGACAGUCAUAAUUAAUCCACCACUGUCCCCCAACAGCAUUCUCUGAGGCCCACACUGUCCCCUAUAGUUGAGACUGGCAGCUCCACUCAUCAGCCCAGAUGACUAGGCAGAUGAGGUUCCCUUAUGACUGAUCCGACACCAAGCCCUUUAAAUUUCAUUCUGUGUGUUUCUAGGAUCUACCUACUCAUUUCCUUUCCCACCAUCACUACCUGAAU